AUGAAGGUGGAUUUUUUGAAAAUUGCAGUCAUUCUGAUCUAUGCACUUGGAAUUACUGUAACUGCAAUUGCACUUUUUACGAAUUGUAAGAUUUUUUUAUUUUUUCAGGGUUUCGAGAAAUUUCUAGAAAAUUUUUUUGUUUUUCAAGGACAGUUUCAGAUCUGAAAAAUUCUGAACCUGGAAAAUUCAGAAGUACAAAAAAACAAUUUUUUUUUCUAAUCAUCAAUCAUCAAAAUUUUCCGGUUUGAUAGUAGUUUUUGCGAUUUUUGUUUUUUCGAAAAAAAAGUUUUGAAAAUUUUUUUGAAUUCUGAAUCGAAAAAAAUUAUUUUUCUGGAAAUUUCAAUUUGAAGAAGUUUCACCUUUUAAAAUUUAACAGACGAUUUUCAGACUGAAAAAAAAGUUUCAGAUGAAUUCAGUUUUGGAAUUCUAAAUUUUCAGAUAUUUUCAAGGUCUUCUAGAGCCUUCUGGAGGUUUCGAAAGCCUUUGGAAGCCUUCUGGAGCCUUCUGAAGCCUUCUGAAGCCCCAUGAAGCCUUCUGAAGCCUUCGGAAGCCUCCAGAAGCCAUCUGAAGCCCUCUGAAGCCUUCACAAGUCUUCUGAAGCCUUCGGAAGCCUUCUGAAGCCUUCGGAAGCCUUCUGAAGCCUUCUGAAGCCCCUUGAAGCCCCUUUUUUCAGACUGGAUCCUAGUAUCAGUUCCAUUUUUGGGAAUCAAUUUCCACCGCGGACUUCUCCAAUGGGUUUGCAUCCAAAAAUUCAACUAUAACUGCUUCACAAAAUUCCCGGUAACCUGAAUUUUUUGAAUUCAAAAAAAAAAAUAUUUUCAGUUUUUCCCCGGCUGGCUAAAAUCAGUAUUCUUAUGCAUGUGUGUUUCACUAGGACUUCAGAUUGUGAUUUCUGUGGCGUCGGUUUUUACGUUGUAUGUUAAAGUUAUCAGAACUUCUGACUCCUUAAAGAUUCCAAAAAAUCAAUAUUUUCAGCUUCAUCAAAUCGAAAAAUGCCAAACUUAGGCUAACUAUUGUUUGCGCCUUCAUUUCAUUUGCCAGUUUUGUGCUACUUUCUGUUGCGAUUGGAAUUUUUGCUGGAAAAUCGAAUGUUUAUUAUUUUGGUAAGGGAAGGUUUUUUUUUCAAAAAAAAUUCCUAAGUUACCGUGCAUAUUUUUCAAUGAUAGAAAAUUCAUCAAAAACUGAAAAAAAAUUUUCAAUAAAUCAAAUUUCCGUGCAUAAUUUUAAUUGAUUAAAAAUAAUUUUGAAUGCUGAAAUUUUCAGCCUGAAAUUGAAUUUGAAGAUUUUCUGGAAUUCCUUCUUAGCAAUGAAAAAUCUUUAGAUCAUUUUUUAAUCAAUUUCACAACCAACUUCAAAAUUUCUAGAUCUUCUGAAACUGAUUCCAGCCCAAAUUUUGAAAAAAUCAUUCUGAGAAAUUUGAAGAGCCUUUUGAAGCCUUCUGAAGUUUUCUGAAGAUUUCUGAAUUCUUGUGAAAUCUUCAAGAGCCGUCUGAAUCCUCCGAAAGCCUUCUGAAGCUCUCUGAAUCUUUCUGAAACCUUGUGAAACCUUGAUGGGCCUUCUAAAGCCUUCUGAAGCCCUCUGAAGCCCUCUGAAAUUUGUUGAAGCCCUCUGAAGCCCUGUGAAGUCUCCAAAAGCCUUCUGAAGCCUUCUCAAGCCUCCAGAAGACUUCUCAAGCCCUUUGAAGACUUCAGAAGCCUCCAGAAGCCUUCUGAAUUCUUCUCAAGCCCUUUGAAUCCUCCUGAAGCCCUAUUAAUCUUUCUGAAUCUUUCCAAAGCCUUCGGAAGCCUUGUAAAGCCUUCUGAAGCCUCCAGAAGCCUCCAGAAGCCUCCAGAAGCUUUCUGAAGCCCUAAGAAGCCUUCUCAAACCUUCUCAAGCCCUAUGAAUCUUUUUGAAGCCUUCUGAAGCCUCCAAAAAUUUCUGAAGCCUUGUGAAACCUUCUGAAGCUUUCUGAAGCUCUAUGAAUCCUUCUCAAGCCUCCAAAAGCCUUCUGAAGCUUUCUCGAGCCUUCUGAAGUCUUCUGAAUCCUUCUCAAGCCUUGUAAAAUCUUCAAGGGCCUUUUGAAGCCUCCGGAAGCCUUCCCAAGCCUUCUGAAACAUCCUGAUUUCCAGGCCUAACCUACAAAGGUGUAAAAGUGACAGUCGAUUUGGGAUGGUCGUAUUGGAUGGCAAUCAUCGCUGUAUUCUUCACCUUCGUCACCACAAUUUUGGAAGGAGUUCAGGCGUUCAAAAUUAUGAAAAAUUACAAAAUUGAUUAUCCAUACCCACCAGAAGCUAUUACCACGUGGAAGUUUACUAUGUGA